GUUAUUUCGAUAGCCAUUAAACUGCUGGUUGAAGAUUCCUUUAAGGUGUUCAGAAUAUUUAGUCCAACACUACCGAACGGAGGGGUGAAUUUCGAAUGUCACUGUGUCAGUCAUCUGGUAGCAAGUCCUUGUGGUUAUGAGUUUCGUGAAGCAAUCAAGUGCCAGAAGGCGGCGGGCGAAAGUGAGCUGGAGGAGGGAGCUUGUGCCGAUGAAUUGAUCGAAUUCAUGCGAUGUGCUAUGCGAACUGAAUGUUUCAGAGGUCUGUUCCAUUUUGCAUCCAGCAGGAUAUAG